CAGCUACACUUGAGUCACAAGGUUGGUCUCUCGAUGGCUGUUAUUAAGUAUACUGAAAUUUCUGUUUUCGACGAAAUAAGGGCAGAAACUUUCGACAUUCUUAGGUUUAUUGAACUUUAAGCGCAUGUAUAUUAUCCAGUCCCACUGUAUACAAAUGUAUACCAUAAAUUAUUGCUCACAGAAUAAACUACGGUCAGUUCCGUGAAAUUUAUACUUCUGAAAAAUCAAAAUAAUUCCGAAAUUAUCGGAAAAGUGUCGUUAAUUUUCUCUUCACCAACCGAAAAAUUAUGUACCUAGGUGUUACUCCGGGUCCAGUUAUCAUUGACUUCGGGCGUGCUGCAGAUAACUGUCUCACGUCAUACAACGCGCCCGAAUACAGUGCUAGCUGGAAGAUACUUGCUUCUGUCAUAUAAGUCGUGCAUCUCCCACGACCCCCAACACUUCUUGCUGCUUUUUCUGCCCAAAGGUUUCGUCAGGUGGUGUAAUAAAUGCAGGAUAUUUGUCCCAUCGAUUUCAACACAACAAGCUGGAACAUUUCCACUUCUAUAAAAAUUAGAAUGAUAGGUUAUCUAACCACCUUAUUUUUCUUUGAAAUGCCGAUCCAGUUUAACUAGGUAUGUAUGGAAAUUGUUUAAAUAAUGCUCAAUUCCAAAAGUGCUUUUAUGCACAUUUGCGGUAAAAUGCCUAGUACGGGCUUUGGAGUUAGUUGCAUUCAGCUAAUAAGGUUAGUAGGGCUUUGUUGCCUGUGUUAAUCCUUGCAAUAUAAAUCUCCACAGAAAUCUAAUUUCUCUAUGUGAGGGUUUAAAUUCCGCACCUAUUUUGUUCUUCCUCGGUUUGAGGACAUUUUUAUGGUAACCUCUUAAAUGUAUUUUAGGGAAAGAAGAUUAGGAAAGUCAGUCCCUAAAUGGCCCUUUAAUUUAUGGUACGCCGAAUUUCAGUCACCUCUCCUCCUUUGGUAUGAUAAUGAGAAGAGAUUUAAGUGCUCCACCCUUUUCUCAUAAAGAAGGUAUGAGGCAGCGUGUAUACAGUAUUCUAGGUUCAAAUCAUCCACACGAUUGCAAUUCAUUGAAUGAAAACACCAGCUGUAAUUAUAAGCAGACUAAUUUCUGACUGAUCUAUCCAAAUAUAAAUAAUGUUUAUGAAUGAGGAUAUGUUCGAUGAUGGAGAGUUAUCUGUAGAAUAUUCUUCAGACGACAACUCCGAGCCUAAUGUUGAUCUGGAAAAUCAGUACUACAUGGCUAAGUCGCGGAAAGAUGACAAUCCAAAUAUGGCACUAUCUGAGUUCCAAAAGGUUUUGGAUAUCGAAGGAACUGGGACCAAAGGUGACUGGGGGUUUAGAGCAUUGAAGCAGAUGAUUAAGAUAAACUUCAGACUUGGAAGAUUCGAUAAUAUGAUGGAAAAUUACAAGAUUCUUCUUACUUACAUAAAAUCUGCUGUCACUCGGAAUUACUCAGAAAAAUCUAUUAACUCAAUCUUGGAUUAUGUGUCAACGUCUAAGCAAAUGGACUUGUUGCAACGGUUCUACAUUACUACUCUAGAUGCACUCCGAGAGUCGAAAAAUGAAAGGUUAUGGUUCAAGACGAACACAAAGCUGGGGAAACUUUAUUUGGAACGUGGUGAUUAUAUGCAUCUACAAAAGAUUGUUAAAGAACUACGUGAAUCUUGUCAAACAAAUGAUGGAGAAGAUGACUUAAAGAAAGGGACUCAGCUGUUAGAGAUCUAUGCUUUGGAAAUUCAAAUGUAUACAGCCCAGAAAAAUAACAAGAAGUUAAAAGCCUUGUAUGAACAGUCUUUACACAUCAAAUCGGCCAUCCCACACCCUCUUAUAAUGGGUAUUAUACGAGAAUGUGGUGGAAAGAUGCAUCUUCGCGAAGGAGAAUAUGCCAAAUCUCAUACAGACUUCUUCGAGGCAUUUAAAAACUAUGACGAGUCUGGAUGUCAACGUAGAACACACUGUCUCAAGUACCUAGUUUUAGCCAGUAUGUUGAUGAAGUCAGGAAUUAAUCCUUUUGAUUCACAGGAAACGAAACCGUACAAAAAUGAUCCUCAGAUCGUGGCUAUGACGAGUCUUAUAACAGCUUAUCAAAAUAAUGACAUUGUGGAAUUCGAGUCCAUAUUGCGACGUGAACGUGAUUCAAUCAUGGAAGACCCUUUCAUUCGCGAACACAUUGAAGACUUACUUCGUAACAUCAGGACUGAAGUUUUGAUUCAAUUAAUUCGUCCAUACACCAGAAUCAGGAUACCUUUUAUCUCACAACAAUUAAAUCUUAGUGACUCUGAAGUAGAAAGCCUUUUAGUUUCAUGCAUUCUAGACAACAUUAUACAAGCACGAAUCGACCAAGAACACCACAUUUUGAUGCUCAAUACAGAAGCUACUUCAGAAGCUCGCUAUCAGGCCCUUGACAAAUUGGCUCUGCGGUUACGCCACUUACAAAGCGCUAUGUCUAACAGAAUGCCGAUUUUUAACUGAAAGACAAGCUUCCAAAUCACAUGAGACACUUGAACCAAAUCCCAUUUAACUUAACAGUAACCCUACGCUAGUGUAAAGGAUAUAAACUGAACAAAUCCAAAGUGUUGUACAUUGUAACUCAUCAUUUGUACUUUGUUACUCACGAAUUUUUUUCAUUAUCUCAUGAAUACAUACAUCUACUACUGAACUUUGAGAUAGAUUAAUUUACUAACACGUUUCGAUAAUAGCGGUUCAACCUACUAUUGGCCAUUUAGAGUUUCCUUGACCGAGCUGUAGGUCAAACUUAUUAUACGAGUGAG